AUGACGUCAGUGCCGGAAAUUGACCGGAUUGGAACUUUAACUCCUGGUUGUCCGUACGGGAGGUUUCUAUUUAUCCAUCAGAUAGACCAUAGGAGGAGGAGGACCCGGCAGCCCAGGCGGUGUUUGGUCUACAGCGGGCUGGUGACUCAUAAUCAGCGGCAACUGACGUGCCGUGACCGGACACUCGAGUUCCAGUCAGCCUAAUCUCUCCAGGGCAGACAGCAGAAUGGAGUCCAGCCCAGUAAGCCAGCGCUCAGUGCCCUCAGGCAGCGCAGUGACUUUACGGUUAUGGCCAAGAGAAUUGGUAAAGACUUGAGCAAUACGUUUGCCAAACUGGAAAAGCUCACAAUUUUGGCAAAAAGAAAAUCUCUAUUUGACGACAAGGCGGUGGAAAUCGAGGAGCUGACGUAUAUCAUUAAGCAAGACAUUAACAGUCUAAACAAACAGAUAGCACAGCUGCAGGACUUGGUGAGGUCCCGUGGAGCUCCGGGUGGCCGACACAUCCAAACACACUCUAACACUAUAGUGGUGUCAUUGCAGUCAAAGCUGGCGUCUAUGUCCAAUGACUUCAAAUCGGUCCUAGAAGUCAGAACAGAGAACCUGAAGCAGCAGCGUAGCAGAAGAGAGCAGUUCUCGCAGCCUCCAGUGUCGUCUUCUCCUCUCAUGGCCAACAACUUCAGGAGCCGCAAAAAAGGGGCCCAGGAGCCGCAUGCAGCUCGUGAGCCGCGCAAUGACUGCCAGGGCUAUACAACCGCAAAUUUAAAAGAUGGCUCGGUCCUGAUGCAGGAAGAGUCCCGGAGCCGGGGGGAUGUGGCCAUUGAUAUGGACUCUCCGACAAACCCCUUGCAGCUCCAACUUAUUGAUGAGCAGGACUCGUACAUCCAGAGCCGCGCAGACACCAUGCAGAACAUCGAGAGCACCAUCGUGGAACUGGGCUCCAUAUUCCAGCAGCUGGCGCACAUGGUCAAGGAACAAGAGGAGACCAUCCAGAGGAUCGACGCAAACGUGGAGGACACCCAGCUGAACGUGGAGGCCGCCCACACAGAGAUCCUCAAAUACUUCCAGUCGGUCUCCUCCAACCGCUGGCUGAUGAUCAAGAUCUUUCUGGUCCUCGUCGUCUUCUUCAUCAUCUUUGUCGUCUUCUUUGCUUAAAGGAGAGAGGAGCGGUCGACGUCAGGGGAAAACCGUUCCGAAUGAGGGAGAAUAAAAUUAAAGCUAGACUGGGACGACGUAUUUUGAGACUUCUCUAUCACGGUUUCAUGGAGGCUUUUGGGAUCCACUCAAAUAUGGACCUGUCAGUUAGUCCCAAGCCACAAACUUUCAGUCUUAAUUAGACACUUCAGUGGAGAAUGAAGAUGUUGAACUCUCAAAUAAAAUAAAUAAAUGGUCUAAAAAUUCCCACUUUGUAUAGAGAGAGAGAGAGAGCAAAAAGCUGCUCUGUAUUGUACUUUGACCAACUAUUCAUAAACAUUUACUCAAAUGGCUCUAAUUUAAUGGUUUGAUUCUGCAAACUGUCUUAUGGUUGAUUUCUUGUUUACCCCUUUUACUACAUGUCAUCCUUUCUAAUUAUUAUUUCAAAGCCAAACAGUAGAACUGGACUUAAUCCUCAGAUUAUUUUGCUUCAUAGUGUACCUGCCUUUUUCUGGAACAGCAUAACUGUCUCUCAUUUAUCAGCAAUUCUUAACCCACCACCAUUCAGCUAUGAUGUGGAAUAUAUAUUUUUUUUAUUUUAAUCCAGUUAUUUUCUAUUUUGCUUCAUUUGCCAAAUGGGUACUGUUAUUGAACUGUGACACAAUACAGAGAGACUCGCUGUGGUCCAAGAAGGCAGUCAUAGCCAGCUGAAGGGAAGUUUGCAGUGUAUUUGAGCCAGGAGCUGUAAGAAAUAUUAUGUAACAGCACUGUUUUUAAAUGAAGCUGUGUGGUGAGCAGCCUUCGGGGAGGUUUAACGGUCAAAAAGGUUUAAACCUUACUCACCGAGUGCUGCAGAAGGAUCAGUGCGUAUGAAGGGGUAACACUGGUUGUGAAGUGACUGGUUCCCUGGAAGUGUCUGGUUGGAUACCUGUGCACCUCAUUAUCUUCCUAAUGUACAGGAUGUUAUUUAAAUGACCACAGCUUUUAAAAAAAAAAAAAGUUCCUAUUUUUCCUGCUUUUUUUUUUGUUUGUUUGUUUUUUUUUUUUUGUUUUUUUUAGCCAAAUGCCUUGACUUCGGUGUAUAAAGUGCAAAUAGUUAUAAUGAUGUAUUGCACAUUAAUAAAACAGUAAUGGGGUGCUGGCA